AUGGCAGCAUGGAAUCACACAGGUGUGAAAAAAUUCAUACUGACAGGCUUAACUGGAAACCUGGAUUGGCAGGUACCUCUCUUCUUGAUUUUCAACCUACUUUAUUUCAUCAUCCUUGUGGGUAAUUGGGGGAUAAUUAUCUUGAUUUGGUUGAACACCCAACUUCAUACACCAAUGUAAUUCUUCCUUAGUAACCUCUCUUUCUGUGAUAUCUGCUACUCUAAUGUCAUUGCUCCUAAGAUGCUCAUCAACUAUUUAGCAGGACACAAGGCUAGCAUAUACUUUGCCUGUAUUCUACAGAGUUUCUUUUUUGUUAUUUAUGGAAACACAGAAGUCAUUCUCCUGUCUAUGAUGGCUUAUGAUCAUGUUGUGGCUAUUGCAAACCCCUUAAUGUACACAGUUAUUAUGACCCACAGCCUUUGCACUCAGAUGGUUCUUGCAUGUUACAUGGGUGGCCUCAUGAACUCCCUGACUCACACAAUAGGUCUACUCAGACUGGACUUCUGUGGUCCAAACAUUGUGAAUCAUUUCUUCUGUGACAUUCCUCCUCUUCUGAAGCUUUCAUGCUCGGAUGCACACAUCAAUGAGAUGCUGCUUUUGGUCUUGUCUGGAGUGAUUGCUAUUUGCACUUUCAUCAUCACCAUGGGGUCCUAUAUCCACAUUACUAUUUCCAUCUUGAGAAUCCAUUCAUCUGAAGGAAGGCGCAAAGUCUUCUCCACUUGUGCUUCUCACCUGACAGCUGUGACAUUAUUUUAGGGAUCUUUGACUUUUAGUUUUAUGCAGCCGAGCUCUCAGUACUCCAUGGAACAGGAAAAGCUCUCUGCUGUGUUUUACACCUUGGUCAUCCCCAUGCGGAACCCUCUGAUUUACAGCCUGAGGAACAAGGAAGCUGCCAAGAGUUCAAUUUGUGGCGAGAGCAGUGUCUCUUGA